UCGUUUCCGACGCAUGUAUUUGCACUUUGAACACCUCUCAGUACAUUAACACGCACACACACCGUAAGUCCAGGCGUUAGUAUUGGUAUUUAAUACAGACAGAGGCGUGUGCGGUGCAGGGAUGUCGUCCAGCGGUGAAGCCGUGUUCCGGGCUGUGGAGGCGCCGCUGUUCUGGCUCGGUGCUCUGACCGCGGCCUGGCUGUCGGUGUGCUCCGUGUACCGGCUGUGGUCCGGGAUCAGGGUGUGGGUGCUGGGCAACGGGCGGCUCGUAUCACCCACCAAACUGGGAAAAUGGGCAGUUGUGACCGGGGCCACAGAUGGGAUUGGGAAAGCCUAUGCAGAGGAGCUGGCCCGCAGAGGCUUUGCGAUCGUGUUGAUCAGUCGCUCUCAGGAGAAGCUGGAUGACGUAUCCAAGGCGAUCUCGAGCAAAUGUGGCGUGGAGACCAAAACGAUUGCCGCAGACUUUAGCGCUGUAGACAUCUACUCCAAGAUUGAAGAUGGACUUGCAGGGCUGGAGAUCGGAGUAUUGGUGAACAAUGUUGGAAUGUCCUACUCUUACCCUGAGUUCUUCCUCAAUGUCCCCAAUCUCGACACUUUCAUCGACACACUGGUCAACAUUAAUAUAACGUCUGUGUGCCAGAUGACGCGUCUGGUUUUACCUCGAAUGGUGGAGAGGAAGAAGGGUGUCAUCCUCAAUAUCUCAUCCGCCAGCGGGAUGUAUCCUGUUCCUCUUCUUACCGUCUACUCUGCCUCCAAGGCAUUUGUGGACUUCUUUUCACAAGGACUGCAAGCUGAAUACAAGAGCAAAGGCAUCAUCAUCCAGAGUGUUCUGCCAUUUUUUGUUGCAACCAAGCUGAGUAAAAUCCGACGGGCUACGUUGGACAAGCCCAGUCCAGAGCGCUACGUUGCAGCCGAGCUCAACACUGUUGGCCUGCAGACCCAGACCAACGGCUACCUGCCCCACGCCAUUAUGGGCUGGGUGACUACAGCUCUGCUCCCUGCCAAGAUCCUCAACAGCUACAUGAUGGGGAUGGGUUUGUCCCAGCGCGCUCGUUACCUCAAGAAACAGAAGCAGGGAUAGGCAGAUCAGCAGCGGCAGCCGCAGACAGAGGGGACCAGGUGUUAACGACUCGUCCGACUACCAUUGUCAUCGUGGACCAAGAAGAGAAAAUGUGACACUUUCUGAGCAACAUCUCAGUUUCCCUCUCUCUGAUACUCCUAGUCAUAGAUGAUGUGAAGCAGUGUCUGGCCACGGUUGCCGUUACACGUAUUUAAUCCAAACAAUUGUGUGAAAAUUAUUGAACAAAGUGGGGUUCUUUAUUGAUUGGCCAGCUUUAAUGAGCAGAACACUAACAUGGAAACUAAAACCAACUUUCAAAGAUAAUCAACAUGAUAGAAAAUUAAGCCCACAGGAGAACUGAAGGAUACAGAAAGUUUGGAUGUGUCUGAGCUUGGAGGCCUCUGUAUGUUUGUGUGCAUGAUUGAGCCUCCUGUGAGGGUGUGGCCUAGCUUCAAGCUAUUUUAGUAGAACACUGGAGGGCGGUACUUACUUACUGUUAACACUUUCUAAAGCACUUACAUGAUGUGGUAUCAAGAUUUAAAAGGCUGUUGUGUUGUUUUUUUUCUUUUUGUGAUAUUAAUAGCCUCCUCAAUUCUUUUUUUUUUAAUUUUAUUUUUCCAUUUCAUUUCAGAAGUUUCAAAGCACGCAUUUAAACCUUUCUUUUGAGCACCUCCACAGAAUCAUUAAAGAUCUCUGGUUUUCUUUUUUCACCUUAAUAUUUUCUCGGUAGUAUUGAUGUAGUGGUGAAUGGACCGCAUGUAUAAUUUAACCAAACAGCACUUCAUCUGAAAAAAAAUUAAGAGGAGGCUCUGUAGACGAGUGGCCGACGCAAAGGGAGAAGCAGUGGUAGAAUAUUAAAAUGUGUUUUGUUUACAUACUGAACUGAUUUUCAAAUUUAUUCCUACAACUGGUGAUACUGUUUGUUUGUCUGAAAUUCUUUCAAAAUACAUCUGAUCCUGAUGUAAUAGUUAGGAGGUGUGUCACAUCUACUCUGAUCUCAAUCUUUUCUCGCCUGUAUUGUAGAAUUUAGUGUGAAGUGUGAAACCAAACCAAAUGUACAGGAGGUGAAACAAACCAAUGAAAUAAUGUAAAACUUAUGAUACAUGUCUUUGACUUUCUCUUUUGAAAACUAUGUGUAUGUUGAGUUUGUGCGUCAAUGCAGUUUGCCAGUAGUCGGCUCAUAUUUCACCUGUCUUGGCUCAGAUGCCAGCUUUUAUUAAUCCCAUGGGAAAAUUUGUACUUAACAUUUCGCUCAUACUGACUGUUUAGGUGCAGCAGCUGGGAACCAACUUCAGUUCUAAGGCUAGUGUCUUUCUCAAGGGCAGUGGCAUUAGGUGUUAGGUAUGUUCCUAAUAUCUGGGAAGCAUGUUGCUGGGGUGAAAGCGGUGCAAACCAGAACACCUGGAUAUUACUAUUAUGUCCUGUAUUGCAUUUGUCCUUCCAGCCUUCAAUAAAUAUGCUUUUCAAAUAACUUCA